AGAUGAAAAAUGCAGCCUACAUGAAAAAGAGAAGAGGAAAGCCAUUUUAAAAUAACUUCCAUGUAAGUUACUGUAAUCAAAGUGCUGCUGCCUGUGUGUUCAUAAAAAAAUAUGUGCAACGGCCCGGAGCGGUGGCUCAUGCCUGUAAUCCCAGCACUUUGGGAGGCCGAGGUGGGCGGAUCACUUGAGGUCAGGAGUUAGAAACCAUCCUGGCCAACAAGGUGAAACCCCGUCUCUACUUUAAAAAUUCAAAAAAAUUAGCCAAGUGUGGUGACGCGUGCCUGCAGGUCCCAGCUACUCAGGAGGCUCAGGCGGGAGACUCGCUUGAACCCAGGAGGCAGAGGAUGCAGUGAGCCGAGAUCGCGCCACUGCACUCCAGUCUGGGCGACAGAGCGAGACUGUCUCCAAAAAAAUAAAAAAAAAAAUUCAAAUGCGAACCCGGAUCUCAUGGCGCCCCGGCCACGGAGAGCCUGGGGGAGUGGGAUAAAAACGGUGCUGGGAUGGGAGGGCGGCUUGUCCGCGAACUCCUCCCACCACGCCCGGACCACAGCCGCCGGCGCCCCGCUUCCGGGGCCGCCCUAAACCGCGGCCGCCGCUCCCUGAGGGACGGCCUGGCCCCGCGGAAAGCCAGGCUGUGUGGCCAGAGGUCACCAGCCCGACCCCGACCCCGACUCGUCCCGCAGCGCCCUGACCCCUUCGUGGGCGGCCGCGAGCGUCGCGGCCCGAGAGGGGCGGGGCUGGGGCGGCCGAGCUCUCGCGAGGUUUCGUCGGGGGCUGGCGGCUGCGGCUCGGCGGAGAGCGCGGGAUGCGCUCGGAAAAGGAGGGGGCCGGAGGCCCUAGGGCGGCCGUUGCCGCGCGGGGCCCGAGCGGGAGGGAGAAGCUGUCGGCCCUAGAGGUGCAGUUCCACCGCGACUCGCAGCAGCAGGAGGCUGACACGCCGCCAACCUCGUCCUCCGGUUGCGGGGGCGGUGCGGGCAAACCUCGCGAGGAGAAGAGGACGGCCUUGAGCAAGGUGGUCAUCCGCCGCCUGCCCCCGGGCCUCACCAAGGAGCAGCUGGAGGAGCAGCUGCGCCCGCUGCCAGCACACGACUACUUCGAGUUCUUCGCCGCCGACCUGAGUCUUUAUCCUCAUCUCUACUCAAGGGCAUACAUUAAUUUUAGGAAUCCUGAUGACAUCCUUCUUUUUAGAGAGCGUUUUGAUGGAUAUAUCUUCCUUGACAGCAAAGGCCUAGAAUAUCCUGCAGUGGUAGAGUUUGCUCCGUUCCAGAAGAUAGCCAAAAAGAAGCUGAGAAAAAAAGAUGCCAAGACUGGAAGCAUCGAAGAUGAUCCAGAAUAUAAGAAGUUUUUAGAAACCUACUGUGUGGAGGAAGAGAAGACCAGUGCCAACCCUGAGACUCUGCUGGGGGAGAUGGAGGCGAAGACAAGAGAGCUCAUUGCUAGAAGAACCACACCUCUUUUGGAAUAUAUUAAAAAUAGAAAAUUAGAAAAGCAGAGAAUUCGAGAAGAGAAGCGAGAAGAACGGAGGAGGAGAGAGUUAGAAAAGAAACGUUUGAGGGAAGAGGAAAAAAGAAGAAGAAGAGAAGAAGAAAGAUGCAAAAAAAAAGAGACAGAUAAACAGAAGAAAAUUGCAGAGAAAGAAGUAAGGAUUAAGCUUCUUAAGAAACCAGAAAAGGGAGAGGAACCAACCACAGAGAAACCAAAAGAAAGAGGAGAGGAGAUUGAUACUGGAGGUGGCAAGCAGGAAUCCUGUGCCCCCGGUGCAGUCGUAAAAGCCAGGCUCGUGGAAGGCUCGCUGGAGGAGCCCCAGGAGACGUCACACAGCAGCAGUGAUAAAGAGCACAGGGAUGUGGAGAGAUCUCAAGAACAAGAAUCUGAAGCACAAAGACACCAUGUGGAUGACGGCAGGAGGCACAGAGCUCACCAUGAGCCUGACCGGCUUUCCAGAAGGAGUGAGGAUGAGCAGAGAUGGGGGAAAGGACCUGGCCAAGACAGAGGGAAGAAGGGGAGCCAGGACAGCGGGGCUCCAGGGGAGGCCGUGGAGAGACUGGGAAGAGCGCAGAGGUGUGACGACAGUCCAGCACCCAGAAAAGAGCGACUGGCAAACAAGGACCGGCCAGCCUUGCAGCUGUAUGAUCCAGGAGCUCGCUUCCGAGCGCGAGAGUGUGGCGGAAGCAGGAGGAUCUGCAAGGCAGAAGGUUCGGGGACUGGUCCUGAGAGGAGGGAAGAGGCAGAGUGAGUCACUGCACGCACCUGGCCUCCAUGGACGAGCGAGGGCAUCCCAGAAACGUGUAAAUGACCGUGAGUGUGACUGGGAAGGAGAACUUACUCCUUACCAGGAAACUGGAAGCUAAAAAUACAGAGGAUGACACAGAAACACGCAGAAACCAUUCUAAAGAAAGUAGUGAUCUUGUAUUAAAUUGAGCAGAAUUCUCACAGAUUUUACCAUUCCUGUUAUAAACUAGUAUUUGUUGUUUAGCCAAAACAGAAAAUGAUUUCCACUGGAUAGUAGAAAAAUACGUGUAAAAUAGGGAAGAAAGUUAGUAUUGGAUCAGUGUGAGUCCUGAAGCACUUUCAGUGCUGUGAGAACGACAUCCACUUUGGGUUUCAUUCGUUUGUAAGCAGAGGAGCUGUCAGUCACUCGUGCUUCUCGGUGGCCUCUGAGCCAUAGUGUCGAGUAAAGAGCAGUUCUUGUUUGUUAAAACCUUUGUGAGUCAGCCAUGCCUGCAGAGUGUGCUGUGUUUUAGUCCUGGUAGGAAUAUUUAUCAGAGCUCACACUAUCUAAAACCCAACAGCUGCAACUAUUGCCCUUUCAACAGUUUUGCCACUGACCGGAUAAAAACGGUUUCAGUCUUUGGAUAGAUGUGUUUGUGGUUUGUAACUGUUAGGUUUAAACCAUGGUUUAAGAAUUUGCCCAAAUAACAGAAAUUUUGUUCGGGAAGGGAUAAACUAAGUAUAGCAUAUAGAGCAUGUGUUUGAGUUUUAGAUACUUUAUUUGUAAAUACUUAAAAUAGCUUUCUGAAACCGUGCAUUCUGUAGUUUCUUCCUUUCAGUGAAAUUGUUAAAUGUUAAUGUAUUUUUGGCACUGCGAUUUUAACCGUUUAUUAAAUAAAAAUUUUGUUAAAGAA